AUGAAUGUUAAGUUGUUUGUCGAAUGGAGGAAUUUACUGAAGAAUGGAAGUAUAUCAACUGCGCGUCAAGCUGAAAAGGGCCUAUUGAUCUACAUAAUGACCGCUUUCACCUUGAUGAUGGUGAUGUGCAUAGUAGAUGUGUUACUUGCAGUCGCUUCAGCUACUGAAAACCAUGAGCUAUUUACAUGGGUGAAUGAUCGUGUGUUCUGGAUAAACGAUUUUAUGGUCACCGUGCCUCCAACUUCUCUAUUGCUGCUUUCCACGGAUCUUCGUCACGCUGUUUUCAAGAUCUUUCUUGGAGCGAAGUCACCCAUUUUCGUGACUCCCGUUUCACGUACUUUUCGUGGAGGUAAGAGUUUUGCUAGAAAGUGA